AUGCGGAAUGUAUUUUGUAUAUUUUGUACUAUUUAUGUGUGCUUAGAAAUAUUUACAUCGUCGUAUAUUCAUUGUACAGAGUCUGAUACUGAUGGAAAUGAUGAUGAACCAAGUGUUUAUACACUAUCUGAUGAGAAACGGUUAAUUAAACGUUUAUUAAACAAAUAUCAAGCUGCAGGAAUAACUGGUCGUCCAGUAAAGCAUACAUCUGAAAAAGUUCUUGUGGAAAUGUCACUUUCAUUAAUACAAAUUUUGGAUUUAGAUGAAAAAAAUCAAGUACUAACUACAAGUGUAUGGUUAAAUUAUCGCUGGACUGAUCAUAUUUUGAAAUGGAAUCCAGAAAAUUACUCACAAAUUCAAGAAGUUCGUGUUCCAUACAGACAUAUUUGGACACCAGAUAUUGUUUUAUAUAACUAUGCCGAUGAACGAUUAAAAGAAAUGCGUGAUGCUAUGGUUAUCGUACAACAUACUGGAGAAUUAACCUGGAUUCCACCUGCAAUUUUUAAAUCUUCAUGUAAAAUAGAUAUAAAAUCGUUUCCAUUUGAUGAACAAACAUGUCAUUUGAAAUUUGGAUCUUGGACAUAUGAUGGAAAUAAGUUAGAUGUUACUUUUAUUAAUAAUGAAGCACAAGUUCUAUUAAGUGAUUAUACAGAAAGUAAUGAAUGGGAAGUAAUUGCACGUCCAGCCUUAAGGAAUGUAAAAUCAUAUCCUUGCUGUCCAGAAUUUUAUCCUGAUUUAACUUUCUUUCUCUUCCUAAGAAGGAAUGCUGCAUUCUUUUCAUAUAUUUUGGUUCUACCAUGUGUGUUACUGGCAUCAUUGACACUUGUCAUUUUCUGGUUACCUCCAGAAUCACCUGCAAAGAUGGUUCUUGGAAUGAAUAUAUUUGUGGCCUUCUUUUUAUUGUUGUUAUUAUUGGCCGAUUCUACACCACAAGCCUCAAAUAGUGUUCCAUAUAUUGGUUACUACUACUGUUUGAACAUGAUUCUGAUCACAUUAUCUUCUUUUCUCUCUGUAUUUGUGAUUAAUCUUUAUUUUCGUGGUGAUAAACGAAAUCGGGUACCGCAGUGCUUGAGAAGGAUAUGUCACAUUCUGAAUGGUUUUUGUGAUGGCAAAUACAGCUGUAAAGAAGGCGAUCAGAAUACACCUAUGGGUGUUGUUAUUAGUAAUUUAAAUUCCACAACAGCUAGUCAAACUAAAAACGAUUAUUCAUCACAACUGGUACAAACGAAGAAGUCAGCAUUAGUUAAUUCAAAUAAUGAACAACAAGAUAUAUCAAAUUAUACUGGAGCUGUUACUGAAAUGAAGCGUUCUAAAAAGGGUAAAGCACGUUUUGCUAUGGUAGAAGAGAAUAGUGGAUUAAAAACAUUAAUUGUAGAUAAUUAUGAUUAUGAUACUAAUACUAUCCAAAAGAAACGAUAUCGACCAAAUCAGCGUCAUUGUGAAACGCAAACUGAAGCGGAUAACUUUAACAAAGAAUUAAAUACACAACAAUGUCAACAAUGUCAAUGUCAUUCAAAAUUAUCAAAAAUAAGAAGUCGUUCAUUAACUCCAUCAAAAUUUAAUGAUUGUGAUAUAUUAGGUAAUUCUCAACAACCAUGCACAUGUUGUCAAUAUUAUUAUCGAUCAUAUGUACCAUCAACUCAUUGUACUAUUUGUAGUCCAUUACCAGUUAUAAGUGCUUCCACUAAUCCAAGAACAUUAAAUCCAAGAAUACAAAGUUCAAAACAUGGUAAACAUCCUGAAAAUUGUAAUGUCUGUAAACAACAUCUCAAUGCAUUAAUGUAUAAAACACAUACUAAUGAUUAUUUUUCUAUUAAUCGUCAUUCAAUGACUAAUCCAUCUAUACCAUUCGAUAAUAAUUCUUUAUGUUCACAUAUUAGAUAUGAAUAUCGUAAUGGUAGACCAGCUUUAAUAUCACCAUAUGGACAUAAUUAUUUAGAUCAUAAUGAAUUAACUACUAAUCAUACAAAUUUACCUAUAAAAUCAUCAUCUAUAAUUAAAACUAUAUCAAAUUCAUUUAAUAAUCCAAUAUAUACUACUAAUUCAACUAUAACAAAUGUCAAUUCUGAAAAAGCAUUACAACAUCUACAAAUGACAUCAACUUUAUUAAUUUUAAUGAAAACUAUAGAAACUGAAGUAGAUAAUAUACGUUCAAUUAUUAAAUUAUUUUUAUUAAGAAUAAAUAAAAAAGAUGAAGAAAAUAUUAUUAUUAAAGAAUGGCGUAUGAUAGCUAUUGUUAUGGAUAGAAUAUUUUUUAUAUUUUAUUUAAUUAUACAUUUAUGUGCAGCAUUUGGUUUAUUAAUUCCACGUUCAUCAGAAUAUAAUGUAGUUGAAUUUUUACGUGAAUAUAGAUUAAAAAAUUAUAAUUCAACAUUUUUUGAAAAUGAAACAAUUACAAUAAAUAAUUAUCAAAAUAUAAUUACAGAAUUACCUAAUAAGAAUAAUAAUGAUAAUAAUAAUAAAUUAAUUAAUUUAACAGAAAUCAAUAAACAAUCAAUCAAUAAUCCAGAUAAUGAAAAAAAAUCAAUAAUAAAUAAUGAAAAAUUAAUUGCAACCAAUGAAUAUAAACCUAAAUAUGAUAUAAUUAAUUCAUUAGAUAAUAUAAAUAAUUAUUUAUCACCAUAUCAAAGAUUAGUUGAUCAACAAUCGAAUACAUUAAAACAAUAUACAGAUGAAAAUAAUAUUGGUAAUAUUAAAUCAGAUCAAUUCAAAAAAAGAAAUUAUGACCAUGAAUGGAAAAAUCCUAAUUUAACAUAA